GAUUGGUGACGGCCGGUGAGCUGCUGCAGUGGGAGGGAGAAACGUCGUUGUAGCUGCCGGGCCUGUGACAGAGCACCGGGACCAUCCUCCGGCAGGUGAUCGAUUGGAGACCCCCAGUGUGUGACGUCACCUCCGGCCCCAGAGCUGCGUGCAUAUCCUGUAAAUCCAUAUUUAAGGAAUAAACAUGGAUUUUUCCAAAUUACCAAAGAUCAGGGAUGAAGAUCGGGAGAGCACGUUCGGUUACGUGCAUGGCGUCUCCGGGCCUGUGGUGACAGCGUCCAACAUGGCGGGGGCUGCCAUGUACGAGCUGGUGCGGGUAGGACAUUCCGAGCUGGUCGGGGAGAUCAUUCGUCUGGAAGGAGAUAUGGCCACAAUCCAAGUCUAUGAAGAGACCUCUGGAGUAUCGGUUGGAGACCCCGUCCUACGCACUGGGAAGCCCCUCUCUGUGGAGCUGGGUCCUGGCAUCAUGGGAUCCAUUUUUGAUGGUAUCCAGAGACCUCUGAAGGACAUUAGUGACUCCACACAAAGUAUUUAUAUCCCCAGGGGUGUAAACGUGUCCGCCCUGAGCGGACACAUCAAGUGGGAGUUCACCCCCUUUAAGAGUCUUCGGGUCGGCAGUCACAUCACAGGAGGAGAUAUUUAUGGAAGCGUAUUUGAGAAUUCCCUCAUCAAGCACAAGAUUAUGCUCCCUCCUCGCAACCGGGGUACGGUCACCUACCUGGCGCCGCCCGGCCACUACGACACCUCGGACGUGGUGCUGGAGCUGGAGUUUGAGGGCGUGAAGGAGAAGUUCACAAUGGUCCAAGUGUGGCCUGUAAGAACGGUCCGCCCCGUGACUGAGAAGCUGCCCGCCAAUCACCCGCUGCUGACCGGCCAGAGAGUGCUGGACGCUCUGUUCCCGUGUGUACAAGGUGGGACCACCGCCAUCCCAGGGGCUUUUGGUUGCGGUAAGACUGUGAUCUCACAGUCCUUGUCUAAGUACUCAAACAGUGAUGUCAUCAUCUACGUUGGAUGUGGAGAACGAGGAAACGAGAUGUCUGAAGUACUGAGGGACUUUCCUGAGCUGACUAUGGAGGUGGACGGUAAAGUGGAGAGUAUAAUGAAGAGAACCUCUCUGGUCGCCAACACAUCCAACAUGCCCGUGGCCGCCAGAGAAGCCUCCAUCUACACUGGAAUCACACUGUCGGAGUAUUUCAGAGACAUGGGCUAUCACGUCAGCAUGAUGGCCGACUCCACCUCUCGAUGGGCCGAGGCACUCAGAGAAAUCUCCGGACGUUUGGCAGAAAUGCCCGCUGACAGCGGGUACCCCGCCUACCUGGGAGCUCGAUUGGCCUCUUUCUAUGAGCGAGCCGGACGGGUGAAGUGUCUGGGAAACCCCGAGAGGGAAGGCAGCGUCAGCAUUGUGGGGGCUGUGUCACCUCCCGGCGGAGACUUCUCAGAUCCAGUCACCUCCGCCACCCUGGGUAUCGUACAGGUCUUCUGGGGUUUGGAUAAGAAGCUGGCCCAGAGGAAGCACUUCCCCUCCGUGAACUGGCUGAUCAGCUACAGUAAGUACACCAGGGCGCUGGACGAAUAUUAUGACAAGCACUUCCCCGAGUUUGUGCCGCUCAGGACCAAGUCCAAGGAGAUUCUGCAGGAAGAGGAGGACCUGGCGGAGAUCGUCCAGCUGGUCGGGAAGGCUUCGCUGGCAGAAACCGAUAAGAUCACUCUGGAGGUGGCCAAACUGAUUAAGGAUGAUUUCCUCCAGCAGAACGGCUACACCCCAUAUGACAGGUUCUGUCCUUUCUACAAGACGGUCGGCAUGCUCAACAACAUGAUCGCUUUCUAUGACAUGGCCCGCCGCGCCGUGGAGACCACCGCCCAGAGCGACAACAAGAUCACAUGGUCCAUAAUUAGGGAACACAUGGGAGAGAUCCUAUAUAGACUGACCUCCAUGAAAUUCAAGGAUCCAGUGAAAGAAGGAGAAGCCAAGAUCAAGGGCGACUACGCCCAGCUGCUGGAGGACAUGCAGAACGCCUUCCGCAGUCUAGAAGACUAAGAGCCAUAGGGGGCAUGCACCACCCAUCAUCUCAGACCUCCAGCUGCCGCAUCAAGACUGGGGCUCCCCUCUAGACACCUGUCCACCCUCCUGUGCUGUAGUCCCCCCUCCUCCCUCAUGGAUAGCGUCCAUUCCAGUGUUUUAUUGGUGGCAUGUGUGUAGGUUCUCCUGUGGUUGGUGAAUGUCUGUGGAGCAGAUGUCAGGGGGGAGGAGGGAGAUGCUGCUGCAGUUGCUGCCCCUUUAUGUACCUUGUCUUAACCUGGCAGCUAAUUUUCAGUCUCCAAAUCAGUAAUACCAAGCAGGGCCUUCCUCUACUCCAGAAAUCUGCAACCUGGGCAUUCCAGCGGCUGCGGGACUACAACUCCUAGCAUGCCCUGACAGCUGCUGGUUCUCAGUGCAUGCUAGGAGUUUUAGUUUUGCAGUAGAUGAAGAGCCUCAAGCUGCACUCCACCACUCCAAACAUUCCAGCUCGCCAGAACUUGGCUACCUGCUGGGACUUGUAGUUCCUCCGCUGGUAUCCUGCUUCUGCCGUGUGCGUGUCAGUACGAUGUACAGUAAUCUGAGCCAGCCUCUGGGUAUACAGGUAUUUUGGAUUCCAGCGAUGUUCCUGUGUCCUCCUGUAAAGCUGCACCUUUAGCGUUAAUGUCCUGAGCGAGAGAAUCGCUUAAAUGGCUGCAUUCAUAUGGGUACUGCUCCCGGAGCAGCAUGCCCAUUGGCUGCAGGCUACAGGCCCGCUAUGGUAAUCAGCAGCUGCAGAAAAACCUAUUAAGGAAUUGCCCUUUCAGCCAUUCCCUAACAUGGUGUUGCAACCUCUGGUGUAAAACUACAACUCCCAGCAUGCAUUCACUUCCUUAGCUGUUCUCAGAACUCCUAAAGAAACAAAUGGUGCAUGGUGGGAGUUGUAGUAUCCGCUCAUGUCCCAGAGUUUGUGGCUCUAAAGCAGGGAUGCUCAACCUGCGUCCCUCCAACUGCCUAGCUGUAGGCUGUCCGGCAUGCUGGGAGUUGUAGUUUUGCAACAGGUUGGGCACAACUGCUCUAAAAUGAAGCUUGUAUCGACCUGAUGUUUGUGCGUCCCGUCUACAACCUUGUCACUGUAACCUGCCCCCUCCCCCCGCACAGGGCGCUCGCCAUUGUGCGGUUACGUAUUUGCUGCAGCCAUGUUUGUCCCCCACGUUGCUCUAUGUUUAGACCCCAUAGCUGUGUGCCAGUCCAGGCUUAUGGCCUGCAAUAGAAGGGAUUUGUCAGAGUUUCUAGUUGCUGACAGCCAGCAGAGAUAU